AUGAACAUCAAGAUCUACAUUUUCUAUGGCUCGGUUCGCGUCUAUGGAGGAGGCGAUCCAGAGACACGGGACCCAGCUCGCCGCUACCACCGCCGAGGUUCACCAGACCUUAGUGAACCAGGGACAGGCUGUGACCGCCUUGACGAGGAAGCACGAGUGGCGUAUUCUAUCAACCACUUGACGUCGAGAGCCCGCCUGUGGGGAACGGCGGAGUGGGACCGCCGAACUCCCGCCUGCGCUUCCUUCCAGACGUUCUCCGAGGAAUUACGCAAGGUUUUCGGGGUGGUUUCCUUGGAACCGGAUGCCACUGGUGGAUUGUUGGGGCUCCAGCAAGCUCGUGGAAUUUGGCCGCUCUUUGACGGUCUGAUCGAGGUGACCUCUCGACUGGACCGCAGCAUCCAGGCCCGGCGGCUGGUGAGACGCCAGGGUCGUUCCAGCCACGAUCGUUCCAGCCACGAUCGUUCCAGCCACGAUCGAUUCCCCAACGUUAUGCACGCCACAACCCAGCAUCAUCCACCGACCAUUCCGUCUCAUCGGGAGACCGAGCCCAUGCAAGUGGGACACACCAGACUCUCCACUGAGGAGCGUGAUCGACGACGACAGAACAACCUCUGCAUGUACUGUGGCCAGGCUGGCCAUUUGGCCUCCAACUGCCCGGGCUCGCCAGUAGUUAAGGAGGUACUGUGCUCUCGACAGUCAUCUGCUGGGGACCGUUACGCACCAGACCACCCCAGUUCACAUGCUUCUAUCCGGCAAUCAUCACGAGACCAUCUCCUUCCACAUCCUGCCAUCCCCCGGACUCCCCUCAUCCUGGGGUAUCCUUGGUUACGUCGACACAACCCCCACAUUGACUGGGCUACAGGGGCUUUCCAAGGCUGGAGCCCUUCCUGCCAUCUUGUCUGCCUGAAACAAGCCGCCGCACCUCAGGUUCCAGUUCCUGUCAACUCCACACCUGAGCUCACGGGAGUCCCCGUCGAGUACCACGACUUCAAGGCUAUGUCUCUGCCUCCUCACCGUCCAUAUGACUGCGCCAUCGACCUCCAUCCGGAUCACCUCCAUCUUCUGGAGCGAGUUCUGCACACUGUUGGGGGCCACCGUAAGCCUGUCCUCUGGGUUCUGUCCAACGGCCAAACGGAGAGGAAGAACCAGGAGAUGGAGACCGCCCUCCGAUGUCUGGUCUCCAGGAAUCCUGCCUCCUGGUCCCGCCAGCUGAUGUGGAUGGAGUACGCGCACAACACCCUGACCAGCUCCGCCACCGGCCUGUCUCCGCCUGGCUUCCAACCUCCUCUGAUCCCCGCACUGGAGAAGGAGACCUGGACGAAAGCCCGAACAGCCCUGCUUCGGUCCCCCGACUGCUACUCGAAUGCUGCCAACCGACACCGCACUCCAGCCCCCGUCUACCAAGUGGGGGAUCAGGUGUGGCUGUCGACCCGGGACCUACCACUGCGGGUAGAAUCCAAGAAGCUGGGGCCAAGGUUCAGCGGCCCCUUCGAGGUCGAGAAAGUCAUCAACCCAGCGGCAGUAAGGCUCAAGCUCCCCAGGUCCAUGCGCAUCCAUCCCACGUUCCACGUCUCCAGGGUGAAAUCAGUCAGGGAGAGCCCCUUGAUGCCGGCGGCUCCUCCUCCACCUCGCCUCAUCGAAGGAGGACCUGUCUACACUCACCCGGACCAGCCCUCCAGGAGAAAGACCCCUGCCAGAGACACUCAAGAGGCUCCCGAGUCAGACAGAGAGGCCUCGUCGUCCGGGUCCGAGGAACCCUUCCUCCAGACCCCCUCCACCCACCCUACUGAAGAUCCGGCGGCCUCGGAGGUGUACUUUCGUUUAAAUCACGUCGGCCGUAAUAGACAUAAAGACUACUGUGUCUCUCUUACAGGAAAAAGUCAACACUCUCCAGAGUUGAGGAUUGUGUUGGUAGGUGGAAGAGAAAUAAACGGGAGCCCCAGUAAAAAGAGUGCGGCUGGCAACGUCAUACUGGGUGAAAGUGUUUUUGAGACCAACAGAAGAACUGCCCAGAGUGUCGUGGGGCAGCAGCAGGUACAUGACAGACAUGUCACUGUGGUCGAUACUCCAGGCUGGUGGUGGCACUACCCACGAGAAAACACCCCACAGCUGGAUCAGAUAGAAAUAAAGAACAGUGUCCAUAUGUGUCCACCGGGGCCUCACGCCUUUCUUCUGGUCCUUCCUGUUCAUUUUCGAUUUCCUGAGAUCUUCAAGAAAUCACUGGAGGAGCACCUGCAUCUUUUCCCCGAAGGAGUGUUUGAUCACACCAUUGUGCUGUUUACCUCAGAGGGUCCAAUGAGUGACAAAUCAUUAGAUCAAGUAAUCAGAUGGUGGCCAGCACUCGAGAGGAUUCUCAUACAAUGCGGAAACCGAAAACACGUUCUCAACAUCAACGACAGGCAGGAUGGCACUCAAGUCAAGGCGCUUUUUAAGAAAAUAGAAGCAAUGGUUGCAAAAAAUGCCGGUUGUCACUUUUCUAUUGAUAGUGCUGAUGGGUAUGCUCUGAGAGAGAAAAUAGACGCAACGGUUGAGCGAGCAUCUAAGAAGUUUGAGGAGGUGCAGACAAAAAGAAGGAAACUGAGAGCCCUGAUUGAAGGUGGCAAGACCCCCCCAACACAUUUAAAAAUGGUGAUGGUUGGAGCACAGUGGUCAGCCAAGAGCUCAGCCGGCAACACCAUUCUGAGGAAAGAUGCGUUUGCCGUUCAUCACAGUAGAACAACAGAGUACUGUGAAAUAAGCCACGGCGUGGUGGCAAACAGGCAGCUCACAGUGGUCGACUCCCCCGGCUGGUACUACAACAACCCGCUCCAGGACAUCUGUGAGAUGGAUAAGAUUGAAAUAGAGAACAGUGUGCAUCUCUGCCCUCCCGGACCCCACGCAGUGCUCCUGGUGGUCGGCCUGGCAUCAGCAUUCAACGCAUCAUACCAGAGAGCGUUGCAGGAGCACAUGAGUCUGUUCAAUGACGAGGUGUGGAGGCACACCAUAGUGCUGUUCACUAGAGGUGACUGGCUGGGAGUGAAGACCGUGGAGGAGCAUAUAGAGAGCGAGGAGGGUCUGCGGUGGCUCGUGGAGAAGUGUGGGAACAUGUAUCACGUCCUGGACAACACGAAGCACAGCGAUGAAACGCAGGUGACGGAGCUCCUCGAGAAGAUCGAAGAGAUGUGGGCAGGAAACGAAGAUCCUCAUUAUGAAGUGGACCUCGGCCUCGCAGAGCAGAUAGAGGCGAGGAAAGAGGCUCGACUGAAGAUGGCCAAAAGGAUUAGGCAGACCAGCCAAAGACAGGAGAGAAUACUAAGAGAGUUGUUUAAAGGGGAGAGGCACCACAUCACUGACAUGAGGGUUGUACUUGUGGGCAGAAAAGACUCUGGGAAGAGUAUGGUGGGAAACAGGAUCCUUUCUGAAGAGCUAUUUGGCUCAACUUGGCUGAAGAAGGAAUUCCAAUAUCAGAGAGGAACCACGACGUGUGUAAAACAUGAAAAUAAUGUGUCUGGACUAAACGUAUCAGUCGUUGAGGCACCAGGCUGGUUUACAGACUCGCCGAUAUCCGAGGGCGAAGUUCUGCGCAGCGUCUCCAUGUGUGCUCCGGGCCCCCACGCUUUCCUCUUAACUGUUCCCCUUUCCAAAGCCUUUACAGAGAGUGACUACCAAGCAGUGGUUGAGGCCUUGAUGCCAUUCGGCGAGCGAGUCUGGAGGCACUGCAUGGUGGUGUUCACCUGUGGAGACUGGCUCAAUAACAGGUGCAUUGAGGAUCACAUCGCCGCAGAAGGCAAAGCCCUCAAUCAGCUUGUGGAAAAGUGCGGGUACAGAUACCAAGCAGCCAGUGGCCGUCGUUCUGCCGUUUUUCCAAUCAAAGAGCUGUUCAAGAAAAUGUUUGACAUGAUAACACGAAACAAGGGCCAGUUCUUCGCUGCUGAAGGCCAGCUGGAGAAAAAGAAGAACCCAAAGCAGACCCGGCAGGAGGAGUGGAACAGCAGAGAGCAGGAGCUAAUAGACCGGAUGUUGAAAGCCGUGGCACAAGAACCCGAGGAACCAGCCCUACCAGAGAAGAUGACAGCGAGCUUCGAUGGAUCCGUCAUUCCAAACAUGAGCGGAGAUGUUCCCUCAGAAGUUCAGUGCACAUUUUGGAAUCAAAGAGAACAUGCUCAGGUGUCUGAAUGGCUGAGCACUAGAGUUGGGAACUCGGAUGUCACCUCUGGAGUUGGAAGCAUGACUUCCCUCGCCAGUUAUGUGGAGAACUUGGAUGAAAGCUCUCUGAUGGACAACAAUCUGUGACUAAGUUUUUCCCAGAAAAAGACAAAGUCAAGUUAGACACUCUCCAUGGCAGGGUCUCCUCCGACGUUAUGGAAACCCCA